UAAAAGUUUUACAAUUGAAUAAUUUUCAAUAGACCGGUCUUUCUUCUUUACUACAGAUAUUAAAAGCAUCAUAUUCAGUAUUCAACUUGUUGCAACAAACAUCUGAAAAAUGAAAUGACGUAUAAUUCAAAUUCAAGCAAUAUAAUAACGAUUAGAAAAACUGUCUGAAAAUAGCGUAUGGUCAAUACCUGAAAAGAUAAAAUUAGAAAAACUGUAUUAAUCUUGUCUACUAUUAACUCUGUGUUAGGCGCGUGGAUCUUACUAACGGGUUAAGGCGCGUAGUAUACGACCAUAGAUCAUUUUAACACGUCGAAUGCCAAAGGGGUCGCCGGUGACAGGCGAAGCUAAGAUUACUGGAAACACAUAAUUCGAGUAAAUUUCAAUCCCCCCAAAAAGCACUUACGUGUAAAAAACUAUGCCAAGUACAGACCUGCUACGAAUUCCUCUAACAAGAAGUAUUAUUAAUGCCAAGUACAUGAAAGUUAGUACCAAGAAAGGCGUUACAGGAAAUUUUGAAAAUACAUUUGAAACAAUGGGCUAGUGCUAGAUCGUAUAAUAAGCAUAUACGUAGAGACUUAUGUACUUGGUAUUAAUAAUAUGAUUUCAAUAAUUAUUUUUAGAGGAACUCACAGCACUCCUGUACUCGGCGUAGUUUUUUACACGUACUUAAGUGUUUUUUGGGGAGUCAAGAGUUGACUCGGCUAAAGAGUCUCGGCGGUCCGUGCCCAGUGCAGCCGAUUGCCUGUAGUUGGCGCGAGAGUCGACAUAGUUUCUUGAUCCUGCGAACCCAAGAAAUGCGUUCCAGCACCGUGGGGGGUCACCGGUGGAGCCCCAGUAAGAUAAAUGCGUCACAUGUGAUUACACACUUUUUUUAACUUGUCUAUUGGUAAAUAUUAUUUUAUUAUAAUACGUAAGGCAUAAUAAGAACGUCAUGUUGAACGUCAGAUUAUGAUUUUUUCUUUUUCUUUUUUUUACAGCUAUUACGUUUAAUGGAGCACUAAAGAGAAAAAUGUUUAAGGUCUGAGUCACGCACCUAACGAAGAGUUAAAAAAAUCAAUAACUUUACUCAUUAUUAACAAAUGCACCUGUACUGUGCACUCCGUAUCAUAAGAUAAUUGCAAAACUUUUCUAAUGUCUGUUACAAUGAGGAUAUUAAUAAAUCAGUUGCGUAGGGUAGUAAGAAGCCAACGAGAGGUCUAUUAUAACAUCCGAUAAUGACCAGGAAAUUGUAAAUAAUUAAUGAUGCGCUAAGGAGAAUAGAUACCGCACAGUGCAGGGUUCAGAGAACGUUGGAUUCUCGUUAUAAGUGUAAAAUAAUAGCGUGUCGCGUACCAAACAAUGUCGCCAUUUGCAUUGUACUUUAGAAUUUACAAGUUCUGCGGUGUAUGGAGACCGACAGACUCUUCUCGGUGUUUCAAAGCUUUCUACAAUAUUUAUAGCGCGCUCUCACUGUUUGGCAUGUGUAGCCUCACUAUUUUGCAAUUUACGGAAAUUAUAACGAACACUCAUAACACUGAUGACAUCACGACAAAUUCAUUUAUCCUGCUGUCAAUGGUCAAUUCUUGCUUCAAGGCUGUGUGCGUCUUGAGACAUCGUAACGAAAUCAUCGGACUGAUUGCAAUGCUUGUGGGAAGCAUUUAUUACAAGGCACGAGAUCCCGAGGAGAUUAAGAUACAAGAAAAAUUUAAUAACAUCUUAUGGUUAAACUCACGUCGCUAUUUGAUUCUUGUCACGACUUCUGUUCUUUCAAAUUCAAUUGGCUCUUUAUUCAGUCACUUAAAACAUCGAACUUUGCCAUACAAAGUAUGGCUUCCUUAUAGUCUUUCUUCUUUGAAACUUUUUUGGUUAUCUUACAUACAUCAGUGCGCAUCGUUGAGCAUCGCUGCGUAUAUAAACGUAACUACGGAUCUUUUCAUAAUUGGCAUGAUGAUUCAGAUUUGCGAGCAAUUCGAAAUAUUGAAACACAGACUCAUAUCAACGAAUUGCGAAAAGACUUCGAGCAAAAGUAAUGGUACAAUAUUGGAGGAAUGUAUUCGUCAUCAUAAUUAUAUAAUAAGAUGUGCUGGUGGUGUGAAACAUGAAUUUAGUGCUGUUGUAAUCGUUCAAUUGACUGUCAGUGCCGUGGUACUUUGUUCAAAUAUUUAUAAACUCUCGAGGUGUACUGUUAAUACAACGGAAUUUUAUAAUUUAAUAUUGUACAUGUCAUGUAUAUUGGUCCAACUUUUGAUCUAUUGUUGGUACGGUAACGAGGUGAUGCUGAAGAGUUUAGAGAUCGGGGAUGCUGCGUAUAAUAUGAAGUGGACUGAGUUGUCUGUAAUUGAAAGAAAAACUCUUGCAAUUAUCAUUCAAAGCACCAGCAGACCAGUAAUAUUUAAAUUUGCUUUCACCAUUAGUCUGUCCCUCGAUGCAUAUAUGAAUAUUCUUAAAGCGUCGUAUUCGACAUACAACUUUCUCCAGCAAUUCUCCAUGGAUUAGUUGUGGCAGUAGUCUCUUAUCUUGAAAUUAAUAUCCUUCGAAUAUCCAGCACCUAUAGUUAUACUGGUUAUCAUAA